AGGCGGUGCCAGGGCGCGGUGCGGGGUGUGCGGGCCGGGCAGCCGGAGCUGGAUGGCACGAGCGUGGGCGGUGCCGACCGCUGCGAGUGAUCAAGGCGCUGCGGGGGCCUCCGCGGCCCCCUGUGGAGUUCCAAAAGAUGAGUCAUGGAUAUUCAGAAAACAACAAUUUCCUGAACAAUAACAACCAAAUGGUGUUAGACAUGAUUCUUUAUCCAUUAAUCGGAACUCAUCAGACCAUCAACUGGGAAACUGUGGCAAGACUUGUGCCUGGAUUAACACCCAAAGAGUGUGCAAAAAGGUUUGAGGAACUGAAGCUCAGGGGGUGUUCCCCGGUGGACAACCACUACAACCCCAUAAUGGCUACAGGAGAAAACCCUGUGGAAACCUUAGCCCUGUAUAUCAAAUCCUCGAUGCUUGAUACACAGGGAGAGUUUCAGGAGUCCCCUGUUGGUGAGGAUGCCGUUUCUAAAACAGGAAGACAUAGUUUAGCUUCCACAAGGAAUUGUUCUUCAGAAAGUGAAAAUGGUACUACUCGUAAUGGUGGAGAAAAGACUGAAGAAUCUGAAGGGCCAAACAUGGUGAUACAUGUAUGUGAUGAAGCAAAAAACUUGAAAGAAGAUUUUAUUUGCCCACGGGAUCUUUUGAUAGCAGAAAUGAAGUACUUUGCUGAAUAUUUAUCAAUGGAUGCCCAGCGCUGGGAAGAGGUGGACAUUUCAGUUCAUUGUGAUGUUCACAUUUUCAACUGGCUGAUAAAAUAUGUUAAAAGGAACACCAAGGAGAAUCAAGACUGUGAGAUGCCCAGUUUAGAACCAGGAAAUGUUAUUUCUAUUCUUAUUUCAUCAGAGUUUUUGAAAAUGGAUACACUAGUCGAGCAAUGCAUUCAGUAUUGCCACCAAAAUAUGAAUGCCAUAGUUGCUACCCCAUGCAACAUGAACUGUAUUAAUGCAAAUCUGCUCACACGUAUAGCUGACCUGUUUACACACAAUGAAGUUGAUGAUUUAAAAGACAAGAAGGAUAAGUUCAGGAGUAAACUUUUUUGUAAGAAGAUUGAAAGACUAUUUGAUCCUGAGUACUUGAAUCCAGAUUCACGAAAUAAUGCAGCAACAUUAUACAGAUGUUAUUUGUGUAAGAAACUUUUAACAAAAGAAACAGAAAGAAAAAUUCCUUGCAUUCCUGGAAAAUUUAAUGUGGAUCGACACGGAAAUAUUAUCUACAUUCACAUAAGAGAUAAGACUUGGGAUGUUCAUGAGUAUUUGAAUACUCUUUUUGAAGAAUUAAAAUCUUGGAGAGAUGUCUAUUGGCGCUUGUGGGGAAUAGUCAACUGGCUGACUUGUUCAAGAUGUAAUCAGGCUUUUCGCUGUAUAGAAUUUUCACAUUGUCAGUAUCACUCAGAAAUAGUGAUCUAUCCUAGUACAGCAAGUACCCUGAAUACUGUUGGCACCGGAAUUUAUCCCUGCUGUAGCCAGAAGGUUCUUCGUUUUGACCCCACUCAACUCACAAAGGGCUGUAAAGUGAGGGAACACUUGGUUCUUCAUGAUCAGGAUAAAAAUGAAGACAUGCUGACCUGUUCAACCUUCAAAAUACUGGACGAUCUACACAGGCACAAAGAUGUGGUCGUGGUCCCUUUUUCUAAGGAUGUAGUUAGUGAUUCAGGUGUCGGUGUCUCUGAUGACAAGGGCCUGGACUGUGACAUUGUGCUGGAGCCAAACACACCCUGGGGCCCCAAGGGCGGAGGAGAGCUGAAUGCUUUCUUGUCCCUGAAAAACUGGACUCUACAACUGAAGCAACAAUCAUUAUUUUCAGAAGAAGAAGAAUAUACCACUGGAUCUGAGGUUACUGAAGAUGAAGUUGGAGAUGAAGAAGAAGUAUCCAAGAAACAAAGAAAAAAAGAGAAACCAAAGAAGUUCACUAAACAACCAAAAAAGCAGAUGCCUUCACCCGGCGGUGGUCAAAAGAAAGAAAAGACAGCGGAAAAGGAAGGAAUAAAAAACCAGUCAUCUUCUAGAGAUGUUUCUCCUUUCAUUGUAAGUAUGCAGAGAAAUAAGUGGGAUGCUACAAGAUCCUUGAGAUUCAAUCAGGAUGCACAAAGAGAAGAUGAUCAGCGGCGGAUGUCUGAAAUUACAGGACACCUAAUAAAGAUGAGAUUGGGGGAUCUGGAUCGUGUUAAGUCAAAGGAAGGAAAAGAAUUUGCAGGAGGUAUUUAUUCUAGGCUGGAAGCACAAAUCAAGGCAUCAGUGCCAGCCAGUGCACGGCAGACCAGCUCAGAGAAGAACACCAGGUCUAGAAAUCGGUUUGGUCAAGGGCGUCCUGCAUAAAGCACCUUGAAAUGCACCUGAAAAGACAGAAGCACACCUGAUGUCUGAGAUCACUUACUUCUUACAGAUCUCCAGUGACUUCUACAUGUUUUAAUUUAUUGUUCUUGCAAGCCACAUAAGCUAUAAUGCAAAGGGAAAUAUAUAUCUAGUUGUUAUCAAAUCUCAUUGUAAAUAUGAAACUUCAAUCUUCCUUUAGUGUGGAGUUAGGCUUGUAGGAAACUCAUAUUUACAUUUUUGCACAAAAAUUUCCAAUACUUGUUAUCUUUAUUUAUUUGAAAGAAAAGAGACCUCAAUUUUCAAUAGAGAGGUUUCUGAGACGUUAAAAAAAACUUGAGGAACUCAGCUGGUUGUGGUACUGAGUCUGUGCACUGAUUAUAGUAUGUCUUUGGGCCUGUAAAUCUGGGGGAUGAAAUUGAAAACUGCAAUUUUUGUCAUUAAAUUGCUAGUUGAUGCUAAUUUUAAAUAUGCAUGAAUAUUAAGGAGUAAUAGAUCGCAAGAAUACAUUAAAUAAAGUUUCAAGGUGAGGUAUUUUCUGUGUUGGGCAGAAGAAUUUUUGUUGUUGUUUCGCUUGUUGUUUUUCAACAUUAUUCUAUAGAAAGCACAAGGUUAAUUUAAUCUACCCCACUUUCAGUCUUUAACAUGCAUUGCUCAUCAAAGAUGGAAUUUACUUAUUAUUGAGUCUUUCAUCUGUGAAGCUAGUGCCAUUCUGAAUUUGUUAAAAUACCCAUAGACAGUUUUAGGGUAGUAAAUCAUUUCAGUUGUAUGAGCAGCCCCCUGCUGUUCUCAAGGCUCUAAAUCCACCACAUUUUUAUAGCCACUCAGAUAGCCCCUUAAAUUUCUUACAAUUAUUUCUUACUUUAGUGACAUGCAGAAGAGUUCCAGCUACAAUUGAUGGGUGAUAUUGAGAGAAAUCAAAAUUCAUAGAUCAUGUUUUAAUUUGUCUAACAAAGCAGAAAUACUGCUCAGGGAAAUGUUGUUUCAAAAAGUAAGCAUAUAAAAAUUAUGUUUAGAAAUUAGAGCUCUCAUGAGAUCUUUAGAUUUACCACUUGUAGGUUUAGUCUUCAUUUGCAUUAUAAUUGAACAUUUCUUCAAAUUAUUUAGAAAAUAUGCAGUGUAUGACAGAAUAAGAAUUUCUGUUGAAAUAUUAAAGUAUUAUACUCAGUUAUUUUUAGCAAAUAUUUUAGUUGACAAAUGAAGUUGAUUGUUAUUUGAUGUUUCAUGUGUGAUUUUGCCAAGGUUUUUGAGCUUGUUUGGAAAUUUUGUUCCAGGUUAUGUGUUUUUCAGUUUGACAUUUUCAAAACAGAUUAUAUAUUUUUAUAUUUUCAAAAAGAAAAUGUGUUAAGCAUAUAAUCUGUAAACCCUGUUAAACUCUAGUUUAUCAUAGUCUCUGGUUAAAAGGAUUUGGACUUUUACAAGUGCUUACCAAGUAGAAGAGAAAAAUACGCUGAUGGAAACAGGAUAGAUUGCUUCUCCUCUUUGGGGGUUUGCUCCACUGAGUUGAUUUUUACAAACCAAAACUCAUUAGAAGUUAUCUUCAGAAUGUGCUUUUUAUUUUGUUAAUGUCUUAAAUCACACUCUUAAUAGUACUUCUUUUGCCAAAUAUUGAGGGUCUCACAUUAAUUCUGAAUUUAUGUUUCUCUUAUUGAAAUAAAUGUUAAAAAUAUAAAAGUUGUUUUGAAAAGUU